AUGAAUGAUAUAGUAAUUUCAGAAGCAACGCAUCUGAACUUGCAUAAUCCCAACAAUGAGGAGUAGAAAUAUCAAAGGUUAAAUGAAUUUGAGGUCAAGUAGGCACAGAUUUAUAAAAACAAUAAACUGCUCAGAAACCUUGAUAACAAUGCACCGUUCUAACCUUUAUCAAACAAUGAAGGAUAUUCAGAACAUGAUUAGAUAAGAAGUAAUAAUUAUUUUUGUCAGCUUUCCAUAGACUCUAAUUCAUCAAACUACAUAAUCGAGAAUCAAUCUAAUCAUCCAAACAGCAACGGUUCAGAUAAUGCAAGUAUUGAGGAUGAGAAGUCAAGUCAGUUAGAUAUUGAAGAUGAUACACUCAGGCAACUAAAUCACAAAAAAUGUCCCAAUCAUUAAGAGUUAAAGCAAGUUGGCAAAAACUUAUACAGAUUCUUUAAGAAGAGAAUAAUCUAAAUUUAUCAAAUAAUGCGUGACUACCCCAUAUAAGGAAUCGUUAAAGUCUAUCAGUACUUCGUGAUUGGCUAAUAUAUAUUAAUCAGCGAGCAACUAAUGAUAUUGUUUCUGCUAAGCUCAGUAUUAUCUUUUGUACUGGUGGCUAGCACCAAGGGGAGAGCUUAGAUUUACAUCUUAUCUACCUGGUUAUUUAUGAUGUUUUACUUCUUAAUUCUUCAUAUGCUCAUAAAGGACUACCUUCCAAUUUACCUGCAAAAUAGACUAGACAGACCGAAUCAUAAUUUCUUUAUCAAAUUUGUUGUGCAAAGGUGCCUGAACAUUCAUAGAACCAGAGUCUAAGCAUUGAAUAGAUCCUUUGACAGUCUUUCUAGAUUAUAACAAAGCAACAGAGUUAGCUAAGUUGACUAUCUGCUGCGGCUGAAUCUGCUAGUUAUAUAAUUCAUGACUCAGGAAUACCCCUCCUAUAUGAAUACAGUAAUCAGAUAUGAGAGGCGUAGACAGCGAAAUAUGGCAAACGGUGUAAACUCAGAGGCAAAUGAGUUGUUUUAAAAUGAACAGCUAGUAAAUUAAAGGAUUUUCAGCAACUUGAACAAUAUGAACAAUAUAGUCAACAAUUAAAGAUAAUAGUAGCCUCGAUAGUAAGCAGAUGAUCCAUUUGUUAAUGAACUUAAUGACAUAAUGAUGGACCCCAGAGUAAUAACUGAUAUACUCACUCGAAUAAGAGGAAGCAUGGAGAUGAGAAAUCCAAUGUUCCAGUAACCUUAUAUGGUUAGACUUAACAUCUAGAGACCUGGAAGAGUGGAUAGGCCCUAGCAUUAUGAACGAGAGGGACUAUCAUCGAUUGAGCUUCUGAGAUUGAAAUCUGAAAAAUAUGAAGAGAUUAGGGGCAGCAGAAGUCAAGAACCAGAGAGUUGCUGCAUUUGCUUAGAUGAUUUCAAGCAGGAUUAGAUUAUAAGAAGGCUUUAGUGCAAGCACUCCUUUCACAAGGAUUGCCUUGAUUAGUGGCUUGUGAGAUGUGGCUCUUGUCCUCUGUGUAAAAAUAAUAUAGUCCAAGAUGAUAGUUGA